UCAUUUUCAUAGUCAGCGUAGUGGGAAUCAAAGCUUCUCCUUCUCUACUCUCUUACAAAAAUCAAUUCUUGCCACUUUUUUUUGAAAGAAAAACCACCAACUCCUCGUGGGUUGAAGUUCUUUGAUUUUGAUCUGCAGUCAUACCCAAAAGCCUAAUUAAGCCCCCGGAAAUUCUCUAAUUUUUUCUAAUGCGUUUCUGUUUUUGCUUUCGUGUUCUUCCACUUUUGGUGUUCUUGAUCAAUUUGUGCUUUAGGAUAUGUGUUUGUGAACCGAGAGCUACAGAGGCUGCUCUAGUAUGCACAAACAGGACGGCUCCGAUGCCAGAACGACAAACCUUCAUAUCCAAUUUCUUGGCAACGAUGGACUUGGUGACACCACUGAUUGCGCGACAACAAUACGCGGCUGUUGUGAACGGGACAGGGAAUACAACAGUUUAUACAUUCGGCGAGUGCAUGAAAGAUCUCGAUCAGACGGAUUGCAAUCUCUGCUUCGCCCAGUGCAAGACCCAGAUUCUCCGUUGCCUCCCUUUUCAGCGAGGCACUCGUGGAGGCAGACUCUUCUAUGAUGGAUGUUAUUUAAGAUACGAUGAUUAUUCUUUCUUUAACGAGGGUUUGGAUUCACAAAAUAGAACUGUGUGUGGUACUACAAAUUUCGCCGGAAAUCGAACUGUGUUCAGGGAAAAUGCUCUGGAGUUAGUGAAGAAUUUGAGUGUGGAAGCUCCGAAAAAUGAUGGAUUCUUUGUGGGGUUUGUGAAAAGAACGAAUGUUACUGUGUAUGGGUUGGCUCAGUGUUGGGAAUUCGUGAAUGGCACUGCUUGUAAGAAUUGUUUGGAUACUGCUGUCUCUGAAAUUGAGUCAUGUACAUCAAAUGAAGAAGGCAGGGUCUUACAUUCUGGUUGCUACCUGAGGUAUUCUACACAGAAAUUCUAUAACAAUUCGGGAAGUGUCGCAAGAGGAGGACCUGGAGGGCGUGGCAAGUUAGCUACGAUUCUUGCUGUUACAUCUGCUGUUGUGGCCUUUGUGUUGAUUGUUGCGGUGACCAUUUUCUUUGUGAAGAUAAAAGUUGUGACGAAGAAGAGAGAAAGGAAGAAACUGGGUGCUCUAUUGGCAACUGUAAACAACUCUAAGCUCAAUUUCUCAUAUGAAACGCUUGAGAAGGCGACAAAUUAUUUCCACCAAUCUAAUAAGCUCGGACAAGGAGGAUCUGGUUCAGUAUACAAAGGAACUUUGCCCGAUGGAAGGAUUGUUGCCAUAAAGAGACUUUUCUUCAACACUAAACAAUGGGUAGAUCAUUUCUUUAACGAAGUUGAUUUGAUCAACGGCAUAAAACACAAAAAUCUCGUACAGUUGUUGGGAUGUAGCGUUACUGGACCUGAAAGCCUUCUUGUUUAUGAAUAUGUGCCUAAUCACAGCCUUUAUGAUUACCUCUUUGUUAGAAAGGAUGUUCCCCCGCUAAGUUGGGAGGCAAGGUACAGAAUCAUAGCGGGUACAGCCGAGGGUCUGGCCUUUCUUCAUGAGGAAUCCGAAUUUAGAAUCAUACAUAGAGACAUAAAACUAAGCAAUGUUUUGCUCGAUGACGAACUUUCACCAAAGAUUGCAGAUUUUGGACUUGCUAGACUAUUUCCAGAAGAUAAGACUCACAUCAGCACAGCCAUUGCUGGAACACUGGGAUACAUGGCCCCUGAGUACGUCGUUCUUGGAAAAUUGAGUGAGAAGGCAGAUGUAUAUAGUUUUGGUGUUCUUGUGAUUGAAGUUGUUUGCGGAAAGAAGAUUAAUUCCUUCUCUCAAGAUUCGGUUUCUGUGCUACACAUGGUUUGGAAGCUCUACGGAACGGGUAAGUUAUGUGAAGCUGUUGAUCCGCUUCUGGAGGGUAAUUUUAGAGAGGACGAGGCUACUCGGUUGCUUCAGAUAGGCCUAAUUUGUGUCCAAGCCUCUGCGGAACUCAGGCCUUGUAUGUCAAAAGUUGUGAAAAUGCUCUUUGAAAACCAUGAAAUUCCUCAUCCAACACAGCCACCAUUUCUGAAUCCUAGUAGCUCCGAAAUCAGUCAACUUACAAGACCUGUGACUGUGACCAGCAGCUCUGAGUCUUACCUCCUAUCUUCCGGGAAUAGCAUAACAGAAAGUUGGAUUGAGCCUAGAUAACUGAUUCGUCUCUGAAGAAUUUCUUGCACAUUACUGCCACUUUUUUGUAAGUCCUUUUCCUGGAGCACAAACACUUUUAUAUCCUUCUUUGUACUAAUGAAUGAAGAGAUGUAUUAUAAUUAACUAUAGUGUUUAUAUAUA